AUGUCCCCGUCACCAAAGCCGGCGCCCCUCAUCACCAUCUUCUCGCUUUUUGCCCUCUUCACAACAACCACUCCAGCCCUCGCCUCUCACGAAUCCCAACACCCCAUCACAUCUUCCAAUCCCAACUCCAAUUCCAAGCCCGACUGGCAAAACACCCCCGGCCUCCCCUUCGUAAUCAACACCUGGGGCGGCACCUUCACCUCCGCCACUGACUCCGCUUUUUCCUACCUCACCUCCCCUCCCACUUCCGACUCCAGGAAUCCCCGCCUAGAUGCCAUCAACGCCGUCGUAGCCGGCUGCUCUACCUGCGAACGUCUCCAAUGCGACGGGACAGUCGGCUACGGCGGCUCACCCGACGAAAGGUGCGAGACGACGCUAGACGCGCUGCUCAUGGACGGCGACACGCUUGAUUCCGGAGCGGUGGCCAAUCUACGGCGGGUGCGAGACGCGAUUGCAGUUGCCAAGCGGGUGUUGCUGUAUACGAGACACUCGCUGUUGACGGGCGAUCAGGCGACGGAGUUUGCGAGAGAGAACGGGUUUGUGGAAGAGGAUUUGGGGACGGGCGAGUCGAGGGGGGGUUGUGAGGAGUGGAGGAGGGGAGGGUGUAAGACGGGGUCGUACAGGAGGAAUAUUAUCGGAGAUGAAGGAGGAGGAGGAUGUGGGCCAUUUGUGCCCGUUCCGGAGAGGGAGUUGGGGGUUGACGGGGGGCUUGGAGAGUCGCGGCUAUCAGCGGAGGAGAAGACGGGGCACGAUACUAUCUCUAUGAUAGCGAUUGGGAAGGAUGGGAGGAUGGCGGCUGGGUCUUCGACGAAUGGGGCGUCGCAUAAGGUUCCAGGGAGGGUUGGCGAUGGACCAAUCGUUGGCAGCGGUGCGUAUGUUGAUGGGGAGGUGGGUGGUUGCGGUGCGACUGGGGAUGGAGAUAUUAUGAUGCGCUUUCUGCCUUGUUAUCAGGCCGUCGAAAGCUUAAGAAGCGGCAUGACCCCGACUGAAGCAGCCGAAGACGCGGUACGAAGGAUGGUGAGGAAAUAUCCUAGUAUGCAGAGUGGAAUCGUGGUGGUGGAUAAGAAUGGAAAUCAUGGGGCUGCGGCGUCCGGUUGGACGUUUACGUAUGCGUACCGAGGAGAACAAAUGACCGAGACGGUGGUGGUCACGGUGCCGCCGGUGGAAGGUGCCAUCCCAGUGCUCGUCGAUUUGUGA